ACCCCAACCGCAUCCCCCAGCAUCCUCCUUCCUCCUACCAGGUUACUAAUCACUCCCACUCCCGCUCCCUCGUCGGAAUGUCUCCUCCCCCCUCCACCGUCCCCCAGCACUCCCACUCCCGCUCCCUCGUGGACUCCCAAGUGCUGCAAGAAAGCCUCGGCCCUCAAAUCAAGAAGGUGUCGGUGUUCAUGGGCCCUGCGGACCGCAGGUUUGGGUUCUCCGUGGUGGGGGGCAGCGACGACCCCCACAGCCCCCCUCGCCUGGACCACAUCGCCCCAGGCUCACCCGCGGACAAAGCUGACUUGGAGGUCGGGGAUGAAAUCCUGGAGGUGAAUGGACGGAGUCUGGAGGAUGCCACCCACACGGAGGUCAUCCAACACAUCCACCAGUGCAUCAGGUCGCGCACGAUUUGCUUGCGCGUCAAGCGGAGGCAAGGAAGCAAAAUUGCGCACGACCUGGCGGCGACAGCGAACGUGCAGGACGCCUUCGUGAUCGCCGUGGAGCAGCAGGCGCGGGAGCGACUCGAGCGCCUGUCCGCCCUCAAGAAGAUCAAGCCUGUGGACAUGACCAAACUCCCCCAGGCGGAACAAGAGAAGUCGAGAGUUCCAACAGACGCCCAUCAACAGGAACAACAGCAAGACACGGAGCCCAACAGCGCCCCGGCAACAGGGACAGCAACAGAAACUAGCAAAGCUCGUCGUAGCAACGGCGUCGACUCGUCACCUCUCUACGUCACCAGCGUCCCCAGCAUCGCUACGUCCUCAGACGUGGCACGUCGUCACCCCGUCAGUGGUGCCGUGGGCGACGUAGGGACGGCCGUGGGCGACGCAGGGACGGCCGGGGACGGCGAUGCCUACAGGAGCGGGGACGAGCUGGAACUGACGCAGGAGCUGCGCGGCGACACAACUGACGACGACCUCGGCGACGAGGGCGACGGCAGUGACAGCGAGGCGAGGGCACGGCGACGAGGUCCUCGCAAGGGACGAGGGUCUCGACGCGCCCCUCUGACCCGCCACAGGGACGACGAAGGACGACAAGGGGCGCCGCGGGACGACGAGAGGCGACGGGACGACGCCGUGGAGCGCUCACCACAACACAAGGCCGAGGAGAGCGGGGGCGCCAGCGACGAGUCGCUGCCCGCGACGCCCGAGAAGACGUACGGGCUCGUCACGUCCCCCCGUCCCCCACCAUCCGCCCCAGGGGGAGACCAUAAACCCCCACUCACCCCCACCAGUUCUGGAGCCAGCACCAGCUCGCGCAAGUCGGAGGGAGGAGGAGGAGGCAGCACAACUGGGGGGUUUGGGGGAUCAGAAGACACCUCUAAGAGGGGGUCAGUAGUGGGGCUGCCCCCCCUCGUGCCACCAUCAGCUGCUGUACACACAGAGCCCCCCGCCAUGAUCAGUGUCGUCGAGUUUGAUCCUCGGACCCGCGAGAUGGCGGUGGACGUUCCCGACUCCUUCAUAGCCCGCACCAAGACCCCACCCAGAUACCCGCCACCCAAGUCAGCCUCGACUACUCCCUUAUACUGCAAUAACAACUACAACAAGAAGACAAGAGAUGGAGACGUGAUCCCACUCAACGGGAGCUAUGCUCCCCACCCUGACACCCACACGGCCGUCGUGGUGCAGACACCCAACUCACAGGAAGAGGAAAAUAGGCUACUUAAAUAUGAGGUGGUGCUACAUAACUCACGAGUGCCACAUAACUCGCACGAGUGCCCAGAGCGCCACUCACACAAGUCCCCCACAGGUGUACAGGAGCUGGUGCGGUCGCUGCAGAGGAUACAGAGCCUCCUGCAGACCAACGGCCACCGCAUCAACGACGACGUGAGGCUCGUCGCGCAGCUCCUGCACAACCCGGACUUCCAGAAGGUGCUCGCCGUACACAAUAAAGUACAGCAGACGUGGUGUGUAGCGCGGCCCCCCACCCCCGUAGCACCCUCCGCCCGGGACCUGGCCUCACAGGUGGUGGAGGCGCUGCAGGGGAGCGCCAGCCCCGAGGCUGGGGAGUUGCUGGACCUGCUGAGUCAUCACGCCCUUGAAGGGCUCCUCUACGCUCACGACCACGUCGCCCUCAGGGAGCCACCCUGCGCGCCCCCCAAGGUGAUGCCUGGGGAGGCGUGCCUUGACGAGCUCAACUCAAACUCCCGCCCCAGCGUCAACAUCGUCAGGAUAGACAAGACCAACGAGCCCCUGGGUGCGACCAUCCGCAACGAGGGUGACUCGGUGGUCAUCGGGCGGAUCGUUAAAGGCGGCGCGGCGGAGAAGUCGGGGGCGCUGCACGAGGGCGACGAGAUCCUCGAGGUGAACGGCGUGGAGGUGCGCGGACGCGGCGUCAACGACGUUUGCGACAUGCUGGCCGGUAUGACCGGAACGCUCACAUUCAUCAUCAUCCCCCACCAAUUCUCCUCCCCUGUCUGCGACGUCUCUCCCCAGACUGCCACCCAGCAGACCGUGCACGUGAAAGCUCACUUUGACUACGACCCCGAAGAGGAUCUCUACAUCCCCUGCAGGGAGCUGGGGAUGAGCUUUCAGAAGGGUGACAUCCUGCACGUGAUCAGCCAGAGCGACCCGUCCUGGUGGCAGGCCUACCGCGAGGGGGAGGAGGACCAGGCGCUCGCCGGCCUCAUCCCGUCCAAGGCCUUCCAGCAGCAGCGCGAGGCGAUGCGGCAGACGGUGGUGGGCGACUCGACCACAAAGGACAAGAACAAGAAAGGGAAGCAGCUCCUGUGCGCUAAGAAGCAGCAUAAGAACAAGAAGAAGAAGAUGCUUUAUUCAAACUACAAUGAUGCUCGCUCCCCCUCCCUGUUCCCCCUGAGUGGGGGUAGCGACGGCGUCACCGAGUUCUGCGUUCGUCAGCAAAGGGCUCCUGACACCCAUGAGAGGUUGUCCCCGCCGGCAGGAGGAGGGUUGGGGCUCCUCCUGGCCUCCUUCUGCUGCUGUUGCUGCAAGAGCAGCACGCCUCUAGACGUUCGCACCUCCUCCUUCCUAGAGCCUCUAUGUCUAGAUGAGUACGACAACGAAGAGGUGCUGACGUACGAGGAGGUCGCGCUCUACUACCCUCGCGCUAAUUGCAAGCGCCCUCUGGUGCUCAUCGGGCCCCCUAACAUCGGGCGCCACGAGCUGCGCCAGCGCCUCAUGGAGGACCGCGACCGCUUUGCUGCUGCAGUCCCUCACACAUCGCGCCCCCGGCGGGACAAGGAGGUGGAUGGUCAGGACUACCACUUCAUCUCGAGAGCGCAGUUCGAGGAAGACAUCUUGCAGCGCAAGUUUGUCGAGCACGGCGAGUUUGAGAAAGCUUAUUACGGCACGAGUCUUACGUCCAUCAGGGCUAUUGUGAGCAUGGGGAAGAUCUGCGUACUUAACCUGCACGCUCUCUCACUCAAGAUACUCAAGAACUCGGACUUGAAGCCUUUUGUGGUCUUCAUUGCGCCGCCAAGCCUCGAAAAAUUGAGGCAGAAAAAACAGCGACUCGGGGAACCCGUGAAGGACGAGGAGCUCAAGGAGAUCAUGGAGAAGGCCCGCGAGAUGGAGGACCAAUACGGCCAUUACUUCGAUCUCAUCAUCGUCAACCACGACGUGGAGUCCGCGUACCAGCAACUACUGCACGAGGUCAACAUGUUGGAGCGCGAGCCGCAGUGGGUGCCUGCCACGUGGCUCAGGCAAGACUAGGUACCGCAGUGGGUGCCUGCCACGUGGCUCAGGCAAGACUAGGUGCUGACGUUGCCACAGCAGCUUCGGAAACAACACACCUAGCAAUACUAGCCCCAGCGAAGGCAAAACUUUCCUUAGUUGAAGAUGUUGUCCCUCUCUGAAAAUUUUUUUGCAAAAGGAAACUUUUUUCUUUUUGCCACUGGUGUUGAUUUAAUUCAUAUGAUUUAAAGUCGAGUCUUUCAAUAAAAAGUGACUGGCGGUGUUAGCAAUUCCUGAGUGCUAAGUGACCAGAGUGUUAACAGCUAGUGGUGCGGAAUGUUCAACCCCCUACAAGAUAUACUAGCACUAGUCCAUGGUGUAUGUCUCAAUACUCCCUAGUAAAGCGUGUAACUGUUAUUGGUGUAUACUGAAGGAAACUAUUAAACUGGUUCGGUGUCUCGAGUGUCACUGAUGCGGGAUCUGUUGAGGAUGACUGCCAUGUUUUCGUUGACGAGUAAGCUAUCGAAAAUUCUUGCUUCUGCCGAUGUGUAGCUGCCACGUUGGCCGUCUCAAUGCUGACGAAUAAGAAACUCACAACUGCGAGUGUCGCAACGAAGACGGGAAUUGCAGCGGAAGCAACAGCGCUGUGCUUCGAUAAAUUUAUCCGUACCAGCAUUGUUGCUAUGAGGAUGAAAUACCAGAGCCACUAGUAGCAGGAUGCCUUGUUUGUCACAAAUUUCGGGCACUAAGAAUUAUUUUUAAAAAGCGGAUAGCAGCUUCACGUGUUCUGAGAUAAUAGCAACCUUACGUGUUCUGACAGAUCAACUUCAUUAUGUUAAAAUUGUUUUCCUUCUGUCUACGGUUGUCGUUUUUGUAAAUUAGUUCAUGUAAGUUAUGAUAUUUUAGAAGAACUUGAAUGUGGAUGUGCAGAAGCUUCUUUGGGGAUUUGAACUCUAGGGUUAUCCUUGCUGCAUUUGAAUCCUUGUGUUAUUGUAGUGUUUGAACCCUAUUUUUUGGUCUCUAGCAGCUCCAGGUACGUCAACGCGCUACGCAAGAAACUGUGUGCAAGAGCUCAGUUCUAACGCGAGUUGUACCAGUCCAGUUAAUGUGACUGUCUUCAGUCCAUGCAUUAUAAACCCGAAUGAAAGCCUGUAAAGAGGGUAGGAAAGUUAACGAUAAACAUGUCGAAAUCUUAGAACUGAGGGCUAAGAUCCCUCACUUGAAGAGGCUGUCUACCGCCAUACCCGCAUUUAGAUAGGAAUAACCUUACACUAGCCGUCACGUCUAGCCCACAAGGCAGUCGAAGGAAUUCACAGACGUGUAAUAAAAUACUAUUACAUUGGGCAUGUGCUAUAGUGUACAGAGAAUUUAUAUGUAUAUGAUUGUAUGAAUUACACACAAGACUUAUGUAUGCAAUACCGUUUAUCCCGUGCGCUGUGUACCUCACUCGUUGGAUGUGUUCUGGCAACGAUGUGAUUGUCCCUUCCCGAAAGGAAUGUCAGAUAAGAAUUUAUUUGCAUGUAAUGUAAGCGCAAGCGCAAUUACCCAUUUAAAUGACUAAAUUUUAGUUGCCAGUGUAAUUUGUAAUAAUGAGAUAAUUUAGGCGUGCGUUGCUACGAGCUGGGCAAGUCAUAUUUCAUAAAAGUUAUAUUUUGUUGCUAAUUUUAUGACCAUCCGAGUGAUUAACUUCCUACUUAAUUCCAUGAAUGUUGCUAAGUCUACCUGUGCGAUUGUGCUCCUUCCUUACUUUUAUCAUACUUUUUUAUAUCUUUUCCCUUCUCUCGAUCUUUGACAUUUUCAGCAUGUCUUUCUCUAUUUAACUUGAAGUUUUGAUCUGCUUCCAUUUACAAGGUUGUUUCUCUCGCGUCAAGAUUCUUUUCCUCCCGUCGAAAACGACUAAUUUUUUCUGAAUAUAACUCAGGACUAUGUUGAAUGUAACGGACAAUAACUAGAACUAUUUUCUAUUAGGUACUCAUUUCUACUUAACCCUUACAAGAAUUAAGCACUUGUUACUACUUAGAGCCACUUGGUUAGGACUGCUGUCAGAAGUGACUUACAGUCGUGCUUUCUAACGCGAUGGACGACGCAGCUUGUUCUGGUCCAGCUUCUCAACCCAUCCGCUCAAUGUGCGUCUCAAACGCCGGUGUUACUUCGAAUUAAUAAUUCAACGUGAAAUUAUUAGUAAUUAUUCAUAACUUUAGUAACAUUCAAAAUAUAAGGAACUAUUCAUUACUGCACGCUUGGAAUUUGUGUUCUUGUCUGAAGUGUUUUGUAAGCCCCGCCUCGCGCAUCGCCCUCAGCCAUAAUUUCCUCCACGAUCCUUUUCACGGUUAGCUUAUGCGUUCCUGUGCCAGGUGGAUUUUUGUUACGAAAUGUGGGGCGGCCCCUCGGAAAUAUUACUUUUUGUGAAAAUAAUAAUAUCUGGAAAUUAAGGAUGAACACAAAGCUCUGAAAGCCCAAUUGAUUAUUAAUUUUUUUAGAACAAUUUGAUGAAUUGCUUCAUGUUUAGCAAUUUCAGCCUCAUUAGUAGUUGGGUGGCUCGGUGCCUAACGAUCAACGUGAAAAGCGUUCACGGUCGCCAUCAGCUGAGACGAGCAAAUCCUUCCACCUGCAGAGAUCAAGAUGAACUUAUAACUUUCGAUUUUCGCAUACGGGUGUUCAUUGCAGAGAUUUUGAGAUUCUAAUUUCUAAUCAUCGUGGGAUUUUAAAUUCUGUUUAAUGCCAUUCUGAAGCCCAGCACUUGCACAACUUAAGCGCGGGAGCAUUUCUAUUGCAAGGCGCAUUUGUAAAUGAAUUGUAUGUGCUGGCAUGUUUUGCUAUUGCAGCUAUUUCUUCAUUUUUGCUUGAUUUUCGUAAGCGCAUUUAGCAUGCAUUGAUUAUUUGUUCAAAGUGCCAUAAGAUCAUUUAUUCUUUGCCAUGUAGCAGUUACUGGCAUCAUGUCUAUUUGUACGUUAAAAAUCAUUUAUUUCAGGUGUAAAUUUCUGUAUUAUGCCUAACUAUGUGUUAAUGUGCAUCAUGUAUCCAUUCCUGCAUCAUGAUCUGCUCAACGGCCGACACAGCGGUUUAUCGUCCGCCUUCUUUCUGCGUCUCGGUUUCGAGUAGAGAGAGUGAACGUCAGCCGCCACUACCGUAUUUUUGUAAUAAGUGUAAAUAUUGACGGACGUUGUGAACCUCCAUCUCUUGAAUAUUAUAUCCAUUUAAAUAUGCCCCAA